AUGGGUGACAUUUGCUACAAAUGUUCAUUUCCGUUUUUAUAUGAAUACGUUCAGGUCGAAAAUGGCGGCAGCAGUGUAUCUGCGUCCUGGCCGCCUGGGCUGCUAGGUCGGUCCAGGGCACAGCUGGGGCGUUCCAUGUCGAGUGGCGCCCACGGCGAGGAGGGCUCAGCUCGCAUGUGGAAGGCGCUCACCUACUUCGUAGCACUCCCUGGCAUGGGUGUGAGCAUGCUGAAUGUCUUCCUGAAGUCGCGUCACGGAGGGCAUGAGAGACCCGAGCUCGUCGCCUACCCCCAUCUCCACAUCAGGUCCAAGCCCUUUCCCUGGGGAGAUGGUAAUCAUACUCUAUUCCAUAACUCUCUCGUGAAUCCACUUCCAACCGGCUAUGAAGAUGAAUAA